GCAGGUAAGUUAAAAAAAAAAAAAAGGAAAAAAAAAAAAGGUAUAGUGAGAAAGGGCUGAAGUGCUGCAUAUGGGGUUUGCGUGAGAGAAAGUGAAAUUUUGUCCACCCUUCUUUACCAGUCAAACCAGUAACUCUGGAUAGCGCACACUCGAGCAGUUUUUACCCUUGUGGUCCCUGAUGGCUUCGCACAGUGAUACUCUGGUGGUGUUCUUUGGGGCAACAGCUGGUGCAAAUGGGGGUAAACUGGGGUCGGAUGAGAGGGAAAUAAUUCUGUUGGUGUGGCAAAUUGUGGAUCUACAUGAGAAAAAGGUUGGAAAACUUCAGCAGCGCCUGAUUAAACCAGACACUUUGGAAUUAACAGAUCAGUGUCAAGAAGAGACAGGAUUGAAUGUGGAGGAACUUUGUAAAGCUGAGCCCCUGGACGCGGUUCUUCUACAGUUCCAGCAGGCAGUAUCAGCAGAACUUAAAGCUCUGGGCAGAAGCUCCUACACGCUAUGUGUGGAUGGACACCUCCUAAUCCGGCAGGCCCUUCACCCUGAGGCUUCCAAAAAGAAUUUGGUCCUGCCAGAGUGUUUUUACUCAUUUGCGGAUUUGAAAAGAGAGUUUCACAAAUGCUGUCCCAACGCCGGGCCGGUGAAAGACCUCACCCUUCCCUCGAUGCUCGAAUAUUUGUGUCUCCCACCAGUAAGCGAACAGAGGGCUGGAGUGAGGGAGGUGAAGAGCAUGGUGAUGAUAAUCCAGCAUAUCCUGGCUGAACCAUAUAGUCACAAGUUUUCCUCUUUCGAGACUGUGAAGUACAAGUUUGAAUCUGGAGCUUGCAGUAAGACAGAACCUGUGGACAGUGAGACAGUAAUCCGAGCCAGGGGGUUGCCAUGGCAAUCUUCAGACCAGGACAUCGCUCGCUUUUUCAAGGGUCUCAACAUCGCCAAAGGUGGCGUAGCACUCUGUUUGAAUGCUCAGGGUCGCAGGAAUGGAGAAGCUCUGGUGCGCUUUGUAAACUCUGAACACCGAGACAUGGCAUUGGAAAGACACAAACAUCACAUGGGCAGCAGAUACAUUGAGGUGUAUAAAGCAACUGGAGAGGAGUUCCUGAAGAUUGCUGGAGGCACAUCUAACGAGGUGGCACAGUUCUUGUCUAAGGAGAAUCAGGUGAUCAUCCGCAUGCGGGGCCUGCCCUUCACUGCCACACAUCAGGAUGUGCUGGGCUUCCUGGGUCCUGACAACCCUGUGACUGAUGGUACAGAGGGGCUGCUCUUUGUUAAAUAUCCUGAUGGCAGGCCCACGGGUGAUGCCUUUGUGCUGUUUGCCUGUGAGGAGUACGCCCAGAACGCUCUGAAAAAACACAAACAGAUUCUGGGGAAGAGGUACAUCGAGCUGUUCCGCAGUACAGCAGCCGAGGUGCAGCAGGUGCUGAACCGCUACAUGUCUACUCCACUGAUCUCCACACUUCCUCCUCCUCCCAUGUUGCCAGUUCCCGUGCUGGCUGCUCCUCCCUUCCUCACCACAGGCAGCACCAGAGACUGUGUACGGCUGCGUGGCUUGCCAUACACAGCUGCCAUCGAGGAUAUCUUGGAAUUUAUGGGAGAACACACCAUAGACAUUAAACCCCACGGUGUUCAUAUGGUUCUCAAUCAGCAGGGUCGUCCAUCUGGUGAUGCUUUUAUUCAGAUGAAAUCAGCAGAUCGUGCCUUUAUGGUAGCACAAAAGUGUCAUAAGAAGAUGAUGAAGGAUCGUUAUGUAGAGGUGUUCCAGUGCUCCACUGAAGAGAUGAGCUUUGUGCUGAUGGGAGGGACUCUGAACCGUAGCGGCUUGUCUCCUCCACCAUGCAAACUGCCCUGCCUCUCCCCACCGACCUAUGCUGCAUUUCCAGCACCAGCUGCUAUGCUUUCAACCGAGGCGGCGCUGUUUCAGCCCCCCCUACUGGCCACUCCAAGAACUCCACAGCCACCCACACACAGCCCUGCACCAACCUUUGCUUACUAUUCCCCUCAGCCACAGCUGUAUAUGAACAUGAACAUGAACUACACAGCGUAUUAUCCCAGUCCUCCAGUGUCCCCGUCCACACUGAGUUAUUUUGCAGCUCCUCCAGGGUCUGUAGCAGCUCAGCCUACUCCUGCUCUUCUGCCUCAGCAUGGUGCUCUGGUGCGAAUGCAGGGACUGCCUUAUAAUACCGGGGUUAAAGACAUCCUCAGCUUCUUCCAGGGUUACCAGCUCCAGGCGGACUCUGUGCUCGUCUUGUAUAACCUGAGCGGCCAGCGUAGUGGGGAGGCACUCGUCACCUUUCCCACUGAGGAGGCAGCAAGGCGUGCCGUGGCCGAGCGCGCCAACCUUCCCCUCUCUGGCCACCCUGUCCGCCUGAUGUGCUGUGAAUGAGCCAAACACUCACCACUUGAAGCCGACUCCACGAAAGAGAGAGGUCUGCACUUCACCCCUGAUAACCUCCCUCUCCUCCCAAUACUGAUCUUAUCCAGAUACACAGGGAGACUUUCCUCCGUUUCUAACAUGCUACUGCUGGAGGUGACUAGCAUGGUGGAAAACACGAACUCUUUGUAUAUAUGUGAACACAUGAAAUUCACCUUUUCGUUAAAAUACCUUGUGUAUAAAUCGGUGUGGAUUUGUAGAAUUUGACUAUGUAUAUUCUUAGAUGUGUUCUUUAUGCAGAUUAGCCAAAAUCCCAUUAGCUCUUCCUGUGGGAGAAAUUCCACAACGAGGAUUCACUGUGUUUUUACUCAAAGGAAGUGCAAUAUUCAUAGGCUAAGCCAUACAGCCUGCAUGCGUGAUGGAAGAAAGGAAUGAAAACUACUACUGAGGCCUGUUUAAUGCCACUACUGAAUGUACAGCGAGUUUCUAAAAUGCCACUAUAUGCCUCAAUCUAGUGACGGUAGAGAAAAUGCUGCAUGAAAGAUUUUUGUUUUGGUCACUGUAGAUCAUAUGAAUUAUUGUGUAAUGAACGAUAAGCCUUUAUCUGCUCAAACUUAUUCUUAGUUUAAUCGAAUCCAGAACCCGAGCUGUUUUAUUUAACGUGAGAAACAAGCCGAUGUGCUUUUGUCUGUUCUGCAUGCUUUCUUUUGCACCCUUUAUUAUCGAUUGACAAAUUUCUGUCCUGAUCCAAAAAAAAACAUGACUGGAGAGGCCUUCGGCCGUCAUAGUGCCUUACUCUUCUACUUUUUGUGCCAUUACUACACGUGCCAGAGUUUAGUAGCAGCUAUAAAAAAGUACGGCAAGCUUCUCUGGCCCCGAGUGGGCAUUUAGGAUUUUUUUUUUUUUUAAGUCAAAUUUGACACUUGUAUGAAACUUAAAAGAACAUUUAUGUAAUAGUAUAAACAUUAUAUGUAAACAAUAAAACCUUAUAUUCUGAAA